AUGAGCUCCUCGGUCAGACAGAACUUCAAUUUUACUGAAAAUUCAAAUAUACACUUCUGUUUUGAAUCCAUUAGUGGCUCCUGUAGAAGGGUAACCAAACCAGUUACCUUACGGUUUGUACUGUACUUUAUUAUGGUGAUAAUUAUACUGGCCACAGUGUGUGGAAACUUUGUGGUUAUAAUUUCAAUUGCAUACUUCAAACAGCUCCAUACCAAUACAAAUUACUUGAUUCUCUCACUGGCAGUUUGCGACUUUCUGUUGGGAGUGAUCACCAUGCCUAACACAAUGGUUUAUGCUGUUGAAGGUUGCUGGUACCUGGGAAGUUUGUUUUACCGUUACUUUGCUGUGUGUAACCCUCUGAGUUACAGAACCAAAAUCACGUCUGGUGUCAUACUUCUGAUGAUCAUAAUCAGUUGGGUAGUUUCGGGGUUAUUUGGCUUUACAAUGGUUUUCCUGAAGCUGAAUAUAAAAGGGAUAGAGGAUUUUUAUCACAGAUAUAUUGACUGUGUAGGGGGUUGUUUUAUGUUUUUCAGUAAAUUCUCUGGACCUCUGUCCACUUUGUUCUCAUAUUUUAUUCCUGCAUUUAUCAUGCUGGGAAUUUACUUUAAAAUAUAUUUAGUAGCCAGACAUCAGGCCAGGUCUAUCAAAGAUAUAACACAACAAAUUCAAGAUUCUAAAGAGAACAAGUUCUUGGGGUUUCCACCCCUGCCGCUCCUGCCCUGCCAGUUCAUCCCUCACUGCGCGGGCUCGAACCCGGGUCUCCAGCGUCACGCAACAGGGAACUUGCCGGCUGUGCUAAAGUAG